UUAUGAUUAGAAAUAACGCAUUGCUUUAUAUCGAUAAUGCUUUGUUUGCUAAAACGCAGAUGAUAACUUCGAUAGAUCUUGCAAGAAACCAGCUGAGCGUUUUCAAUCAGACAACAUUUUCCCAAAUUUCAACCACGCUAUCUUCAGUCGAUCUGUCACAAAAUCCCAUCGAAUGCUCCUGCAAAUCGCAAUGGUUAAUCAAGAUGCUGCGUGGAGCCAUAGAUGUUCAGAAUGGUAAAGAAACAACAUGCUCAUCUUCAUCACCGAAACCUUUUGGAGGAGAGGCACUUGAAUUCAUCCAACCAAACGAUCUCUGCACGGCGAAUUUCCCUGUAUACUUUUCAACAGGGUUCUCUAUUGUAAUUGUCGUUAUCAUCAUCGUCAUCGCGUACCACUUCAGAUGGCAACUGAGGUACAAACUCUUCCUUCUCCGACUCGCCAUUUUGGGCUACAGAGAAAUCCUGGACGAAAACGAUCGCGAGGAAUACGAUUUUGACAUCUACGUCAUAUCGACAGAGGAUGAUGAGAAUUGGAUUCAGGACCAACUGAAACCAUAUUUUCAGGGAUUGCCGUACUACAAGCGAAGCAGAAACGUCUUCACGGAUGAUGAUCUUCCCAUUGGCAUGCAUCGCACGGAAGCCGUAGAUCACGUCUUGACAAGAAGCUUUAAGAUUCUUGUUUUACUGAGUAAAGCUGCCUGCGCUGAUGACUGGUUUCUGACAUGUUUCCGUAUGGCAAUGGAUCAAGUAGCCGAUACCCAGACAGAGAACAUCGUACUGGUGUUCCUGGAGAACAUUGAGGAAGAUGUGUGAGAUGGUAUAUGCGAGGUCAAGGGCCAUAUGUAGAAUGGAUGGAGGAUGAUGAUGAGGGACAGAAAUACUUUUGGAAACGUUUGGAGAAAUGUCUGUCUGUAAACCGUAAACGUAACCAUUUUAUACCUGCCAGAAUGAGAGUUGCUUAGUCUAUCUUUCUCCUGCUUUAUUCUCUCUAUCUCAUUUGUCCUCUUCCCAUUUUCGUUAUUUCUAGGUAUCAGCCCAAUAACACCCUUUUUGGCGGGGGGGGGGGGGGGUGAAAGCGCGACGAAAACGUGACGAAUAGGCCUAGCGUGAUUCACUCUAACGAAGUCGACCUUGGGCAAAUAAAAAAAAAUCUUCGCCCAUCUGAAAUCUACGAAAGUUUCCAAAGGGAAAAAAAAACAUUUAAAAAAAAUGUUUAUUAAUUUUUUUAAUUUGAUUAUGCUAUCAGCAAUCUAAGAUUACUCAACUAAUGGGAUUGAUUACGAUUGAAUAACCAUGCACUAAGGGUCCGGGAAAAUAUUUAAUUCAUUCAAAGCUGGAAUAUCUUACAAGUUAUAAAGAUUACAAAACGCGGUAACGGAAUGGCAAAAACCUGUAAUUCAGAUAACGUAUAUGAAAAUAAUCACUUAAUGGUUUAAUAAUUUUUUUUAAAGAUGAUUAUUUUAUUUUUUAUAUUGACAAUAGUACAAUAAUAUUAAAGGCUUUCAUGGCCCAGUAGCGCAUGUAUUUUAGCCAGCACCCAUACUGUGCACGUACUCCACAGUGAAGAUUAUCGAGACGGCACGUGGCUAUUUUGUAUAUUAAAAUUGACCGAAAAUGAAUUUCUAAACAGUUUUUGCAAUUGUGAAAUACAAAAA